AUGGUUCAAUUGGCAAGAGAUACCAAAAUCAGUUUGCCCAUUCUUGAUGAUCAUCAGCUUCUCGAUCAAGAACCAUUCUUGAACGGAAAAUCAGCGGCCACACAGGAAUCUACUGGGCAAAGCAAGACGAAGAUUACUUUUAAGAAGAAACUAGUUGUAAUGAUCGAUAUUCCUGAUCGAGUGACGAAGCAGAAAACAGGCGAUAUUUGUUCUCUUCCGUCAGAACAGAACCAGCGGGAACAACUUCCACUGGAGUUGAAGAAGUACGUAAAGGAACUGGGGGCACCAGGGGAACCUGUUUUGGUGAUUGAAAAGAAAUUGUCUUCUUCAGACGUGAACACUGGGCUUCAAAGAUUGUCGAUUCCGGUAAAACAGGUUCUGAAUCACGGGUUCUUGACAGAAGAAGAGAGGAGGAGAUUCAACAUUGAUAACAAACAGCAAGAAAUUAACGCCCUCUUAAUUGAGCCAUCACUUGCUCAAUCAGGAAUCAAGUUCAAAAAGUGGUAUAUGGGGAACUCUGAAGUGUACGUGUUGGUGAGUGGCUGGAAUGAGGUUGUGAAGAGGAAUGGAUUGAAACCAGAAACACCAGUGCAGCUAUGGUCAUUCAAGAAGGAUUCACAAUUGUACUUUGUUUUGGUGCGGUUGUAA